UCAUCAAUAAUAUUUAUUCAUUGACUACAUUUUGGGCAUUCGUUUUAAUUGAAUACAUUGAUAACAAUAUUAUUUUUAAUCUUGAUUUUUGACUAAUCGGGUGAAAGCAAAACCAAACAAUUAUUUCUUGACAUUGGCAGAUGUGUUGUGAGCAUAGCGGGAGGUGCAAACUGUGCUUUGCCAAAAUAAAAAAAAAAUAUGUCAUGUUCCAGACAUUAGAAUUUUGACAUUAAAUUUCAAUUUUUACAGUACGAUAUACGAAACGAGAAUAUUUACUCGCGUUUGUAAUGUUAAAACGAAGAUUUCGAAUUAUGCAACGAUUUCUAAUUAAUUUUAAAUGAAAUAUUUACUUUAUAGUCAUUAUAUAUCCUUUGUGUAUUGAUAUUUUUAGAAAUCUAUUAUAAAUGCUAGUUUCAGUUUUGUUAUUUUAUGUACGUAGAUACGUAACAAGUUUUAAAAUUUGAGUAGACCUUAUAACUCUGUGUAAAUUAAUCAGUUUAUUCACGUAUAAUCAUUAAUUAGUAAAAUGUCUUUGGUGAAAUUUUGCGGAAGUUCUUUUGGUGGUGUUAGUUGUUUGUUUAAAGUUAGUAGUAGUAUAUUUCAAAAAACAAUUAAUUUCGGUCUGUUAUCUUCGGCUCCUACAAAAGGUAGAAGUUUCUCAACACGAGAGUUACUAAACGAGGCAUAUUGCCGUACUAAACUAAAAUGUAGAUCAAAAAAAUUACCACAAGAUGUGAAUCCCCGAGGAGUGUUUGCCUGCAAUGAACUGGAUCUCUCAGAAGUCAAAGUGUAUGGCUUUGACUAUGACUACACCCUGGCUCACUAUAAACCAACCAUGGAGCAUUUAUUGUACAAUCUUGGCAGAGAAUAUCUUUUAGAGAAGUAUAAUUAUCCACCAGAAAUAUUGAAACUUGAAUACAGACCGAAUUUUGCAGUAAGAGGCUUACAUUAUGAUAUUGAAAAGGGCCUUUUGUUAAAACUGGAUUCUUUCUUGCAAAUACAAUUUGGUGCAGUGUACAGAGGUUUAACACCAGUUUCAACGGACGAAGUAUUGAAACUUUAUAAAAAUAGAAUCAUACCCAUUGCAUAUGUGGAGGGUGACACAAGAGCUCAUAAACCUAACAGAGCGAAAAUGGUCCACCUAGCUGAUUUAUUUUCCGUGCCUGAAAUGGGACUCUUAUGUAACGUGGCCGAGUACUUCAUUAAGAAUCACAUUGAUUAUCAUCCGGAAAUACUGUUUUUAGACGUUAAGAAUUCAGUGCAAAGUUGUCAUCCCAUUAUGCACAAAAUAGUUGCACAGAAUGUAGAGGAAUACAUAAGGCCCAAUAAGGAUCUGAGGAGAUAUUUCCAAAUGCUGCAAGAUAGUAACAAGAAGCUAUUCUUAGUGACAAACAGCCCCUAUCACUUUGUUAACGCCGGCAUGGAGAUGUUAGUCGGCGCGGACUGGCGCGAGUACUUCGACGUGGUGAUAGUGAACGCGAACAAACCGAAGUUCUUCACCGAGGUGUCUCGCCCGAUCAGGGUGUUCGACAAAAACGCCAACACUCACAUAUGGGAGAAAGUCACUUCGCUAGAUAAAGGCAUCAUUUAUUACGAGGGCACAGUGAAGCAGCUGCAGGAGCUGACGGGCUGGCGCGGACACCAGGUGCUGUACUUCGGCGACCACCCCUACAGCGACCUCGCCGACGUCACGCUGGAGCACGGCUGGCGCACCGGCGCCAUCAUCAACGAGCUCACCCACGAGAUCAACACGCUGAACACUCGUUCCUUCAAAGAGAAUGCCAACUGGCUCCAGAUGUUGACGCAGCUGAUCGAGGACCACCAGGACUACAAGGACCCCGAGGCGUUAGAGGUCCUCGCACAGUGGAUGACUGAACGGGACUAUCUCAGGAAUGAGAUCAAAGCGGUGUUUAACCCGCAGUUCGGUAGCGUGUUCCGUACGUACCACAACCCUACAUAUUUCUCGCGGCGCCUGUUCAGAUUCGCUGACAUCUACACAUCCAACAUCACCAACUUGCUCAACUAUUCACUAACGCACACGUUCUAUCCGCGGCGAGGCGUCAUGCCGCACGAGUACGGCUCGUAUUUCGUUUAACUGAGCGUAGUUCGGCAACAGUAGUGCCAUAUACUUGUAAAUGUAUAACUAUCGCGAUAUUUUAUUUGUAUAGGUCGCGUUCAUAGUAAGGACGUAUUUACUACAUUUAUCAUGAUUCAUUAGGUUAAGAACAUUUUAUGCGAAAUAUUUUGUUAUGCUCAAUCAAGUGCUCCUAUAAGGCAUUUUAGCGCUCAUUUAGUUUAUACGAAUAUUUAUUUUGCCUGUAUAUUAUACUUUUAAAUAGUAAUAGCUAAUUCGACGAAAGACUAAACGUACCUCGCCGGUAUUGAAAUUAAUCCAACGAUGUUCUAGUCAGAUGUAUUUAAUACAGUCUCAUUUAAGUUUGUUCCUCUAUCUGUUUAAAUACUCUUACUUACAUAUCUUACUGUCAAUUCGUUAGCUUUUUUGCUGUAUUUAAGAUUAUAUAAGGAAAUCUGAUUAUACAUAGAAUAAGAAUACAUAUUUUUAAGAUACAUAUUGUUGGUACACAGAACUGUUACAUGUUGCGAAAACCAGAAUUUUUACUUGUCGAAGUAAAAUAUGUGCGUGGUUUAUAGUUUAUACUAUAUAAAUAGAUGUUAAGAUGAAUAUUUUUAAUCUUUCCAUCUCAUAUUUGUAUUGAUUUUUAAGUUUAAAGAUAUACAACAAUUGCUUGUUUACUAAUAUAUUUGUCGCGAGCAGAUAUUUGCUCAUAACUGUAUCAUAUUGUAUUUAUAAUUCUUGUUACACGCUUUUUGAAUUUCCUCCCUUUUGUUAUUAACUGCAGCAGUGUGGCAUCUUAUUCAGCUUAUACAAACAAUUUAGUUAAAUACCCACACUUACAAUAUGUAAUCUAUAAUCGUAUAGUUCCACACCUUCUUCAGUAAUUAGAUAAAAUAUGAACAAUUAUUUUUCGAAGCAUUUUUAUUGAGCUUGGUAAUUCGUAAACCAUCGUAUCGGCGUACUAAUCAUGUCAUCUACAAAAUAAACUUUGUUAUACAUUUGUUAUCUCUGAAGAGUUAAAAUUAAAUUAGAUAAUGUUGUUUUCAAUUCCUAUAAUGCUUAAUGUUUUGUUUGUAUCAAGUAUUAAUUAUACGCGUAGUUGGUGAAUAUCAUUCUCUAUUAGAUGUACGCUGUUCGUAAUCUAGUUGUUAUAAGUCAUAGCACUGAUGUCUAGUUUUUGAGUGUCUACUGUAUAUCUUGAACAUGAACAGUAUAUACUAUAGAUAAUAGUCUCAGUAUUAUCACAUGUUUAUGAUAAUUAGGUCAGUUAAUUUGAAUAGAAUCAUUGUAGAUAACACUAGUAUUGUGCCAUCAUGUUCGACAAUAAAUCUGGAAUUAUCAACUGAACGAAUACAUUUUUACAAUAAAAGGCGAAAUGUGUCUUAUUGACUCUCGUCUCGCAAACAUAUUGUAAUGAAAUUGUUAUAUUUUCGAGAGUUUUAUUCGAAUAAAAUCAUACUUCUUGAAUAGUA